GAUGGGAAUGGUGCUGCGAGCAGCCGUGCUCCUGGGUUCCCUUCUCCACUGCAGCGCUUUUCUGGACCUGAGUGGCCCCAGUGAGAUCAAAGGGGUCUGGAAGGAGUCUAUCACUCUGCCUUGUGCCUAUGUGCCUGUGGAGGACCUUGUGCAGCAAACCCUCACCUGGACUGUGGUACAUAACGAGGGUUCAGGCACCAUCUUUCGGAGGGAUGACUCCGGGGACCACGUUCUCCUGUCUGAGUACAGGAACAGAGUCAGCAUCCCAAAGGAUGCCCCAGGAAAUGUGUCUCUCCUCAUCCUGAGCCUGGAGAUCUCUGACAGAGGGACCUACACUUGCCAGGUCACCUGGAGAGACAGCAACAACAGCCUGAUAGCAAAGGAGAUCACCACCAGUUUGGAGGUUGUUAAAGUGGCAGCCACCAAGCCCAUCAUCAGAGCUGGAGAGCCGGGGCUGACGCUGCCGGCCGGAGCCAGCACCAGCCUGACCUGCGAGGCCGGCGGCUCCCCUCCCAUCAGCUACCGCUGGUUCCGGAGCGGCCCGGCGGGCAAAGCCGAGCUCCUGAGCACCGGGGCUGAGCUGGCGUGGCCCAGCCUGCGGCCCUCGGACAGCGGCACGUACUUCUGCGAGGCACAGAACAGGGCUGGGGCCGGGGCCGUGCAGCGCAGCGAUGCUGUGCAGCUGAGCGUGACAGAUCUGCCCAUAACAGCAACGACUCCUGAGAGUGGUGUGGGAUAUCCAGGGAAGAAUGAAACAGUUCAUGAUUUCCAGAGGACUGGCUUGUCCCUGUACCUGGUCAUCCUGAUUGCUGUGGUGUGUGGUGCUGUGGUUUUCCUUGUCAUCUCUCUUAUCAUUUGCAUUAGAAAGCCCAAAGAUGCUCAAGUCUAUGAUGUAAAAUUCCAUAACUUGAAAGCAGCAGCUUCUUCAAGCACAGGUCAUUAUGAGGAACCCAUCUCUGCCACUGAAAACAGCUACGUGAUGGAGCUUGGGGAAAACAAAGUCUCUGAAGAAGUAAAUAAUGUGUCUGACUCUGUUGCAAACCCCCAGGAAUCUGAGUAUGAAGUAGGGGACACUUCCUGAAAACCAACUAUGCUCUGCAGAUACCAGUCCUGAGACGCACCUUCACCCAGACAAAAUACAUAUUUAUUUUCCCUUUUGCCCCUGACAAAUAGGUUGGACAAGCAGUGGUUGCUCUCCCUGGACAGUCCCUGCAGUGAAAAGGCAGGAACUUCAGUUACAGACUGCUGUAUAGAAUUUCUGAUUUUGUUUUCCUUGAUUCCCUUUCACCACCUCUAUCCAAGAAAGCCCUUUGAAUGCUGCAGCAGGCAGGUCCCAGGCUAGGAGCACUGUACUGAACUUAACUGCUUUAUCUGGCCAAAAGGACCAGUGUUUCCAGCCUCUGUGUGGUGGGAGGAGAGCCAGCACUGAGGCCUGCUCAGCAUCCCCAUCCCUGUGGGUGAGCGGGGCAGGAUGUGGCUGGCUUGGGAAUCGAUGGCUCUUCUCCUGCCUACCUGAUGCUGCACAGAUUUAAUAUAAGAGAGAUUUUAUAGAAACACUGAAAGGCACAUUAAAGCCAAGAGAAACUCAGGAUCCUGCCACACUAGAGGAAGCAGGAAUGUCCCCUGCUGUCCUUGUGCUGCCCUUGGUCCCCCUCCACAGCACUGCAGCGAGGUCUAGGCACACUGGCCACAGCUCUGGCUGAUUCUGGUACUGCAAACAGGCACAUUCUUUCUGAGCUCAUGUUCUCUCUUUAAAUGCAUGAUGGAUAUUUGAAAAGAAUUAGGUACUUUUCCAUAAAUUUGGGGUAGGAUUGCUUACACAUGCCUCACAUAUUUUGCUGUGUGCAUUUCUGCACAACUGGCUCAUUUUGGAAUUCCAGCAAGCCACUCACAGCCCCUCACUAGAUACUCAACAAGUACUUUCCUCCCAGCUUAAAGGCCUGAAGAGAAAGUUAUGAAUAUUUUCUACUGGCCUGACUAAAUCCAUAAUGCAGCGUUAUGGAGGGACCUUUUUACAAUGAAGAGGGCAAUCCUCUGAGUCCCAUUAAAGGCCAUGCAGGCAGAUGUAAAGCAGAGGGAGUGACCCAAGGGAUGAGCAAGACAUUGGUAACACAGGCACAGGAUUAAUGGGCCCCCAGCUGUGCUGCUCACACUCGGGACAGCUCUGCAUCUACAGAUCUCUGAGCACCAGUUCAAAACUCACCAGAAUCCAAAAGGGAGUGUGAGGUGCUAAUGGAAUGGUAUUCCAGUCAAAAAACAUGAUUGUGGCACUGUAAAGCCUAUGGAAUGUUGCUACCUUACGUGUGCACGUUGGCCUUGUCUUGGGUUUAGCAGAGCAAGAAAAGUUAGUGAGAAAGAUUGUAAAGAGUGAUUAUUGGUACAAAACCACAUCUGUGCAAACCAUCUCUUGGAAAAAAGAGAAGAAACAAAUGAGCAAAGAGUACCCAUGGGGGUCAGGGCUGAGAAGGUGAAGGGGCUAUUUGUUUCAGCUUCUCUGAAAAGGAUGCAGAAAUUAGUGAUAAUUAUCUGGUAGCACUUUCAAAGGGCAAGGAAAAGUACUUCUUUGUAUGCAACACAGAAAUAAAUGUGGAACCCAGUGCUGCUCACCCAGGGCUGAGAGCCAGAGGUCUAAUGGGAAAUUAGAGGAAUUAAUGACUAAAAAGUUCAUCAGAAUGCACAAACUACCAGGCACACUGCCCAGGCACUUAUCAAUGACCUUAUACUUUCUCCUGUGCUACAAGUUUUAUUUCUAUUUGUUAAGAAUGGAAUUAAAAAUCAAGGGCUGGGACAUCUUGAUUUCUGAAUGAAAAGGGAAUACAUGGCAACUACUGGUGCUGUCAUGGAGAAAACUGCCAACAUGUACAUGCAGCUUAUUGCAGAUGUGGAGAAAAUAGGUGUGAGUGUGUGUUCUGCAUGUGUGAGGUCAGAGGAGGCGGGAAGGAAAUGUGGCAGGUGCUGGAGCACAGCCCAUCCAUCUGAGCUCAGCCUGACUGCUGUGGCCACGGAAAGGGGAAUAUGGCCACCUGGAAUGACCUGCAGUGCUCUUCAUCUGAGGAGUCUGAUGUGGCCAGAGCUCCAGCCAGGGGAGGAGGGAGCACUGAGGGAAGGCAGAGAUACAGAGACAAAGGGUGUUCCACUGAGGGACAGGGUGGUCAGUCACACUGGGGUCUGAGCUCUCACUGCUGAAACCCCAUGGGCAAUGCCUGCAAGGAAUCCCACAGCUUGCUCCAAAAUCACUCAAUUCCAGCUGCACUGCAAAGCCAUGGGCAAUGCAGCCCUCCCAAUGUGGUUAAACAGCAGUGUUAUCCUGGCUGGACAGCCAGCACCAGGAGCUGAUGAUAUUAAAUACAGCUGUUGUAAGGCAA